AUGUAUUUUUUAAGGCAUAUAUAUGAUCGAGUUAAUCGACAGAUUGCUAUUACCAUUGCCACAUAUCCAUACCAAUUCCUUUUUGCAACACUUUUCUUUUCCGCAUUUCUGUCAUUUUCACUAUUUCAUUCCACUUUAGAAGAUGACAUACGACGUAGCUUCUCACCACCUAAGUCGAGAGCAGCCAGGGAAGAAGAAAUAUAUAAACAAUUUUAUAAUAUUGCUAGCGUUCCUCAACGUGCUUUUAUUAUAUUUUAUGCAAAAGAUGGCGGAACAAUGCUACGUGAAAGUCAUAUUGAUGAAAUGUUUCAAAUCAAUAAAAUAAUGACUGAUGUUUUAAAUAAUACGGAAUAUUUUGAUUUACCAAUUUGUCAUCCAUUUUGUGAUGUCAAUAAGCCAAUUAGCAUUUUCUGGGAUGAAUUCAAAAAAAAUGAAAAUGAUGCUGAUUACGACAAAGAUGCUAUAUUUUCAUUCCCAGUAUCAACCGUAUUUGGACAAGAAUUUUUUCUUGGCUCAAAUCUAUUCAGUGUUCAGUCCUCCGAUUAUGUCUUUUCGAAUCGAUCUACGAUAAUACAUGUAGGAACAAUUAUGUUCUGGCAUUUAGCUGAUGCUGAUAAUGCACAUAAACUUAAGACACUUCAAAAUGUCACCAUAACAUUGUUUGAAAUGUCUAGAAGGAGAAAUGUCACCAAAUGGAUUAAUUUCAAUAUUUUUGGUGACGAAAUUGCAAAUCGUGAAAUGAUUCGAGGCGCUUAUCAAGCAACGAAAUUAAUGACAGUUGGAUUUCUCUUUCUCAUUUGUUUCGUAUUUCUUGUUGUGUGGCGCAAAAUGGAACUCAAUCUUUUACCGCCAAUUGUUUUUGCAACAAUAUUUUCACCACUUCUAGCUGCCACUUCAUCUUUUGGUAUUAUUUCCUGGUUACGAUUACCCAUUUAUUCUAUGAUGUGUGUCACACCAUUUCUCAUUCUUGGAAUUGGAGUGGACGAUGCAUUUAUUAUGAUUCAAAGUUGGACCAAUCUAAGGGCUAAGACAUCUCGCAAAGAGCGAUUAGCACAAGUUUUUAUCGAAAUUGGACCAUCAAUUAGCAUUACAUCGAUGACUAAUUUAAUUGCUUUUGGUAUUGGUUAUUUAACUCCAACACCACAGAUGAGUUUAUUUUGUUUGUGUACAUCAUUUGCUUGCUUAUUGGAUUAUAUUUUUACAUUUACACUUUUGGCACCAAUUCUUUACUUAGCUGAUAAAUCAGAGAAUGAUUAUGUGAUGGCGAAAAAAGUGUCAAAAAAUGAACUUGGUGAACAAUGUCUAGCAAGUUAUAGUAAAUUGAUAUGUUCAUGGAAGGGUCAAAUUAUUGCAAUAAUUAUAUUAAUAAUAUUAUAUUCUCUGUCAGCAAUAGGAGUUAUGAAAAUGAAAUCAACCUUUGAACCUGUAAAAGCAUUUCCAUCUGAUUCAAUAUCUACAAGUUCAUUUACCGUUCUUCGAGAUGUUUUUGAUCAAUUUUUUCCACUUCAAAUUGUCAUUAAUAAACCACCAAAUAUUAGCAACUCAAUAGAAUAUAACGAGUUUCACGAUAUGAUAAGAAGCUUAGAAGCGAUACCUAACAGUUAUGGACCCAAUCGAACGAUGAUUUUCCUGAAAACAUACGAAGAUUUUGAUCGUAAAAUAUACAAUUUCUUUAAUAUGUUAGGUAUAGCUGAUCAGGAAAAAUUUACACCUUCAUAUGAUAAUUUGCCGAUAUUUCUGGAUCACAUCAAAAAUCCACCAUUCAUCAAAAUGAACAAUGAAAAAGGUGAACAUAAAUUGGAAUCAUUCGUAAUAACAACAACUGCUCGAAAUAUGUCUGAAUGGUCAAAUCGUGCUGAAUAUGUAGAUGCAUGUCGUACAACUCUUCGUAAUUAUCCACGUUUCAAUGCAACCGUUUAUGAUGGUGACUCAGCUGUAUUAGAUUUAAUAUUAACUGCAAAAAAAGAUCUUAUUGGAUCAAUUACUGUUACAGUUAUUUGCAUGGCAAUUGUAUGCUUAUUUUUUAUUGGUAGUAAAAUUGGUGUACUUAUUAUUGCUUCAACAAUAUUAUCCAUUUGUUUUACAUUAGUUGGCUCAUUAUCAUGGUGGGGUGCAGAUAUGGAUCCUGUAACAAUGGUUGACGUACUUAUUGCUACCGGAUUUAGUGUUGAUUACACUGCUCAUAUCGCAUAUAAAUUUUACAAAUUAACCGGGUGUCGGGAAGAGCGAAUUAAACAAAGUUUCCGUGAAAUGUGCGGUCCUAUGUUUCAGGCUGGCAUAUCAACGAUACUUUGCAUGUUACCACUUAUCUUUGUUCCAACUUAUGCAAUUUUAGCAUUUGCUAAAACAGUUUUUCUGGAUGUAGGUCUAGCUUUGUUGCACGGAUUUUUCAUACUACCCAUUUUACUGGUCACUUUAUGCCGCGAUAAUCGGAAAGAAGCCAGUAACGACAAAACAAUGAACACAUCCGGAAUGAUAAAUAGCGACAUAAAUAAUGGCAAUCUAUUAGAAAAAUAA